GAAUACAACUAUACAAAUACAGAAAUACAGAGUACGAGUACAAUACACUGCCUGAUAGAGUAUAUAAAUCGAUUAUAAACUUCAAAUAUCAUAAAUAGCAUUAAACAAUACCAGCGAUCGGUCAUUCGGUCAAUCAUAUCGUAAAUUCUCAACAGAGUAGCAACACAAGAAUACAACUAUACAAAUACAGAAAUACAGAGUACGAGUACAAUACACUGAAAUACGUAGCAUAGAAUAGUGUAUUUUGUAAACAAGAUCCCUAAAAAUAAAAAAAUAAGAGACGUGUCGACCAAUAUAGCAGGCCACAAGAACCCGUUGAAAAAACGCCAUAAAUCCCGUACUCUUCACAUUUACACCCACUUCAAUCCUAGCCGUUAGAUCCCCACUGCCUCACCCGCACUUCCUUCUUUGUCCACCUCUUAAUUAUUAAUCUACCCCUAUUAAACCCUCUAAUUUCCUAAUCAUACCCUUACCCCAAUUUUCUAUAUAACCAACCCUUUCAUCUCUUAUUACGCAGUUUGCCAAACCAUCUCCCCACCUCGGGGCCCUAAAAUUCCCAAAAUACCCUUCCCUCCAUUUUUCUCUCGACUCUUCUUCUUCUUCAAGCUUUUCAUCAAUGGCGGCUUCUUCAAAAUCACGCUCUAAUGCUCCAGUUCUCCCUGUAACUUUUCCUUCCUUUCAACGUUCACUUUCACCUCCUCGUAGAUUUUCUCACUCUUCCUCAAAAUCAUCUUUGCCGUCGUCAUCUCAACCGUCCGAUCCGUUUUCCUUUUCAUCUCUACCGUCGAAUUUUGCGUCAUCGUCGUCUUCCUCACCUCUUUCAUCGUCGUUGUUCCAUCGGUCGUCGUCUCCGACGAGAGUUAAUCUCUCUUCGACGAGUACUGCGCCGUUUCGUAUCUCCCUCAGCCACCGCUCUCACUCUCCGAACUCGCGCGUUUCGGUGCGCGAUCAAGUCGUUUCGAAACCUGCCAGUAUAAAGAGGACGUGUAUGUGUUCGCCGACGAAUCAUCCUGGUUCGUUUCGAUGUUCUAUGCAUCGAAACGCUGCUCGAAACGGCGAUUCUCACUCGGUUUCUUGCUCGCCAAGUAGACUGAAUCUUCGGCGAUCUGCGAUGACGAACUCGCUUGUGAGAAUCGGUACCGUUGAAGGUGAUUGGGUGAAACGUGCUUUAACGGCUCUGAUUCGUCCGUCAUCUCAUCAACAAAAAAGGAGAUUCGAUUUCCAGCGUCGUCCUAGUCGUCUUCGUUUCAUGUCGAAAUCUGGUAAUGGUGAUUACGAUGUUCGUUGAUUUGGUUUCAAAAGGUUGGUUGAAAUUUGAAAUUGAAUUUUUCCGCCAUUUUUGCCGAGUUUCUGCUCCAAUUUGCAAAGAUCUGGUGGUGAUCAUGGAGGAAGAUGAUGGAUUCUGGACUAAAUCUGGAGAUUUUGGUUUGAAUGUUUGAUUAUUGGAUGAACAAUUUGGACAUUGUAGCUUGUACAUAAUCAGUGGACCUACAAAAAAAAAAAAAAAAAAAAAAAAAAAAUCUAUAGAUAAUUUAAAUCUAAUUAAUCGAUUUUAAGCAUUAAUUAGAUUUAAUACAAGUAGAAUUUCUAUGUUCUGAUCAA